AUGAUUAAAAAAAAACUCUUGGGUUCGCACGGGUGGUCCAGUGAUCUCUCUGGUCUGGAGGAGAUCGAACUCCCAACCUCCACAUCAAGUGACGGAGGUAGUACCAUCCGGACUAACCCCUGCGAUGGUCAGAUGAGCCAUUUGAAAGAAAAGAAAAGCAAGUAG